AUGGCAGAAGGACCUUCGCGGAAGCGCUCCAUUCCUGAUGACUUCGACACCAGAAACCCUGCUCCGCAGAAGAGGAUUCGGUUUCCCAAGGGGAAGAAAGGGAAGGAAGGAGAUUAUGUGGUGGAUGCCCAGCAUGAGGAAGGUCCAGUUCGUGCAGAAGAUCCUCUACUUGUUGCUAAAGAGCGGAGAAGGCUGCGGGGUCAGAUGGCGGCAGAUCUUAUUGAAGAUGAAAUUAAAGGGAUGAUUCCUGACAUCACGAAGGCUGAAGUUCAAUAUGAGGAUGAGGAGACGUUUGAAGAUGAUGGGAUCCAGCUAGAACCUUUUAAUCUUACCAAAGAAAGAGAAGAAGGGUAUUUUGAUGCAUCAGGAAACUAUGUGGAGUACAUAAAUGAGAAUGAGAUCAAGGAUGCAUGGCUUGAUGGAGUUGAAGCAAAUAAGAGUUAUGCUUCUGGGAAGGUGGUUGCACCGCUUGUUGAGGAUGAUGCCCCUGAUCUUUCUUCUGAUGACAUUGGGAAGAUCAAGAGGCGCAUUGCUGAUGCUCUUGAGCCCGAUGAAACAGUCUUGCAAGCCUUGAGGAGGUUGAAAGGGACCUCAAACAACAAGAAGGAGAAGAUGUCCACGGAAACUAAGCAGAUUUUUGACCAGCUUACUGAAGAUGCAAUGAGGCUUAUGGAGAAUGGGGACUACAAUGUAUAUGAUGAAAAAAAAGAAACUUUCCAGCGUGAAGCAGAUGGGUAUGAAAGGUUAGCUGCAGCAAGGGCAGGCAUUUCAACUAACUUCGGACCUGGGAGGUCUGAGGAUAUCAUUAACAACGAUGCCCCUUUGAUUGGAGAAAACAAUGGAACUUCUUCUGUCUUUGACUUGGGGCAUUCUGGGACUACUACAAGCAAUGGUGAUGAUGCAUUUGAUAUGUUUGCGGACGAUGAUGAAAAGGGUGCUGAACUUCCAGCCGCUGGCAGGGGUAAUGCUAAUCCAGGUGGAGGCCUGCAGGAUGAUUAUGUGUAUGAUGACUCUACAGGUUACUACUAUAGUAGCACGCUAGGUUAUUACUAUGAUCCAUCUUCUGGGCUCUAUUGUUAUGCUGCCUCUGGACAAUGGUAUGCCUACAAUGAACAAACAGGCGUGUAUGAUGAGGUUCAACCGUCAACCUCAACCAUUGCAGGAAUGUUUCUAAAGUCGCAGCUCUCGUGGAAUGUCAUCCUUCCCCCGGAAAGCAUUGAGCUCAAUGGUUUGGCCCUUCAGAAGGCCAUCAUUAUUCGACUGAUGGAUGACUUUGCUUCCAAGAAGGCCUCAAAGGAACUGGGUUACUUUCUUGCGAUCACCACGCUCGACAAGAUUGGUGAAGGAAAAGUCAGAGACCGUACCGGGGACGUGAUGUUUCCUGUUGACUUCAGCUGUCUGAGCUUCAAGAUUUUCCAGGGGGAGAUCCUGGAAGGCGUGGUUCACAAGAUUCUGAAGCAUGGGGUGUUCCUGCAUUGUGGGCCAAUGGACAAAGUCUUCCUCUCUCACCAAAAAAUGGGUGAAUUCCGAUAUGUUCCCGGAGAAAACCCAUUCUUUAUCAGUGGAUCAUCCAAGAUUGACAAAGAUGUGAACGUCCGUUUUCGGGUGAUCGGUGAGAAGUAUGUGGAGGCUGAGGGAGAGUUCCAAGCAGUCGUUGGCUUGGAUGGUGAUUUCCUCGGACCAGUGUAG